CUUUGAGAAAAAACAAUCUCCAUCCUCUUCCGAUCCAAACACUAAAAGCUUUCCCCUUUUCCCCCUUUCCUCUCUCAAAGCUCCCACCACUCUCACUCCCAACCCCAAUCCCAACCCCUCUCUCUCAGAUCAAAAAAUGUCAGAAGGGUACGCGAUCGAGCUCUACUUCGACCCAUCACUCGAGAACCAAGUCCUCAAAGCCUGGAACGUCUUCGCCCGCCGCCAAAUCAGCACCAAACUCAUCAACACCGAGUCUCGCCCCCACCUCACCCUCUUCUCCUCCUCCUCCUCCUUCCUCGACCCUUCAAAACUCGAACCCAUCCUCAAAUCCUUCGCCUCCAAACACGACCCUCUCCCUCUCUCCUUCUCCUCCAUCGGAAGCUUCUCCGGCGACAACAACUCCCUCUUCCUCUCCCCGACUCCCUCCCUCUCCCUCCUCCACCUCCAGGCGCAGAUCGUCGAGGCCGUGAAGAGGGAAGGGGUCGAGAUUGGGGAGGAGUUUAGGCAGGACUCGUGGGUCCCGUUCUGUCCCGUCGCGGUUGAUGUGGCGAGGGGUCGGAUGGGGGAGGCGUUCUCGGUUUUGAGGGAGUUGAAGAUGCCUGUUAAUGGGUAUGCGAUGGAUGUUGGGGUUGUUGAGUUUGACCCUGUUCGUGAAGUCUUGUCCUUUGCUCUUGGUAACAACAACAACUUGGAGUCUUGAUUUGUUGUAUUUGGGGUUUUGUGUCUUAAUUGUAUUGGGUUCAUGUAAUUUGAUGGAACAGUGCAGAAAGCUAUGUACUUUACUGGAGAACUUAGCUGUUUUUUUGUGUCUGUUUACGUAACUUGUGUUUGGAUCAGGUUUUGUGUAAUAGAUUUGAUCUUUCUUGUUUCUGCUGAGCUUUCUCCAUAUGCUUGAUUAGAAUUAAAGUUUUAUUAAUCUGAGAGAUUAUGCAUUUCUGUUUACACAUA